AUGGCCGAUGUUGGGCUUCUGUAUAUGAUUCUGGGUGUGAAUGGGGUUGGGGGGGAGCCUCAGCCAGGUCUUGAGAUGCUGGCGUUGAGAGGCCUGAGGGCUCGAACAAAUAGCACUCGACCCCUUCGACUUCUGCUCCCCACGGCCAAGAGGGCCUGGAGACAGACGAGCUCGCUCUUCACUCGGUCACCUUGGCGCCCCCUCAACCCGAACCGAGCGCCGCAAAGAUGGCUGCCUCAUCUCAAGAGGCUUAUUAUUAAGUUAUGCCAAGCCGGAGGCCGGCCGCUUUGUUGGUGUGCCGGGGCGAAGGGUUGCGUUGGGCAAAUGAAGAGGAGUAGGAGCAUAAUUCGAUUAGACAGACUCGCCGAGCCAGCAGGUCAGUCGCUUGACUGCAUUUCAGCAUCAAAUCGAUCCUUUCGUCAGCAACGUCUACCGGAGACGGUGGAGGCUGACGGCUCCGACGGCAGGCAGUUUUCCCCGCUGGCCGAGGCUAUAUCGUCCGGUAGGGCGGGACAUGUGGGUAGAUGGAGGACGGGCAGAAGAGUCAAUCGGCGGCCGUCACCGGGAUCGAUGCCGCCAGGAUACCGAUGCCUGAGAGACGGAGACGGGCAUCAACUGACGACCCGGGGCACAGAUACAUGCCGUUUUUGCGAGUCGGCAAACCGGCCGAGGGGUGUGGACUCAAGCAGACAGCAUAGGCGCGGAUUACUUUUCACAUGUACCCCCGCGGGCCGGAGCAUAUGGAUAUAUGCGAAACAAUAG